AUGGCGGUAAAAACGAAAAGAGAGUUGAAAGAACACAAUUCGAACAUUCUGUUGGCAAGCUUGGCCAUAGCAGAUCUUCUAACUGGCAUCAUCUCCAUGCCAGCAACUAUCAGUCUAGAUGUGCUACUUCUUCUCAAGCGGUUUUUAAACCCCGAUGUUUUUUGUAUGUUAGCUUUGAUAAAUGAAACGAUGCUGUUUCUCGGAGGUUGUUCGUCUACGUAUCAUCUAGCUGUGAUUGCUUGGGAGAGGUACGUGGCGAUAAGAAAAUUGACAGAGUACAAAGUCAUUGUCACCAGAGGUCGUGUUACGAAGUAUGCAAGAAUUGCGUGGCUAGUAGCGGUGGUGGUAGCGUUUCCACCGCGCGUAAUGAAACUAGACGCCUUUGAAGUCCCUUACAAGUACCGACAGAUUGUCAGCCUGGUCGGCGUUAUCCCGGGAGCUGUGUCCAUAAUACUGAUUGGUUAUUUCUACAUACUGGUUUACCUCGGUGUGCGCAAACGGAAUGUCGACGCAAUCACUGAGGUCCGUUCUCUGAUCAAAGCCAAACUCGCUAGAAAAGUGGCCAAGACGACUGCCAUACUGACAGGUGCUGUGUUUAUCUCGUUCAUUCCGUCGGCGAUCUACCUGUUCUUCGGAGAAGCUUAUCCCCUAUUUCGUAGAAGUUCGUAUUUCCGUUGGUCGAUGAUGCUGGCUCACCUCAACUCUGUCUCUAACCCGGUUCUUUAUUGCUACAGGGAUCGGCGCUAUAGGGAAGCAAUGCUGGAGAUUUUAAAGAUCAGAAAGCCAGCACCCGUCGUAAAGAGAAAAGUAAGAAGAAAUGACUCCAUUAAGUCAUUGGAAGAUCCCCAAGAGAAAGACCGCAAACCAAGAUUACGAAGCUGCGGCUCGAUACGAAAGCUGCCAAACACAGAUGACAAGAAGACGAAAGGGAAAGUGAAGCGGGAAAGACGUUCAUCAGCUCCAUAG